AAACCCUAUAGUCGGAGAAUGAAUUGUCUCUAGGAGUGAAUAGAAAAAGCAUUUCCCGGCAUCAUGGAACCUGGAAUUCGCAUGUCCGGUUGACAACGAUCAUUAUUAUUUAUCUUGAUCGGGUUUUUGAUGGGAAGACCGUAUUGCAGACACGUGGCGCCGAGAGUAUAAUUCAAACACUCAAAUUCCGUGCAUCGAUUGCAGCUUUCUGAACAUUGUAUCUGCUUAGACCUGUUCGGCGAGUUUCUACUGUCUCCCAAACUGACGGUGUCGGGGAGGAUCCGGAAUUAACCGAGGUGCGGGACAUCCCGGAAACUACCCAUUCAUCCAUAUAUCCCGAUCGGGACAUCCAACUCCCAUACAACUUCUCUCUCCAAUUCCUUCCCAACUCAAAUUCAAUGUCUCCAUCAUGACAACCAACGAACCCACAACCACCUCCACCCCAUCAUUUCUCUCCUCCCUCUUCAUCCGCCAACAACAACCACAACCACCAACACCAGCCUACCACAACCCCACCGAAAUCCCGGCUAUCAAAAAAGCCCAAAAACACGCCAGCGGCACGCGCACAAAACAACUCAUCCGCGCCGCAGAAAGAGACUACAAUGAUCCACCGGUUCCGGGAGAGUGCUGCGGGAGUUCGUGUGAUCCGUGCGUGAUGGAUUUGUGGAGGGAGGAGAUGGGGGUUUGGAGAGAGAGGUGGGGUGGGAAUGUUGUUGAGAAGAAGGAUGGGUUGGAUUGGUAAAUGCGAUGUUUUGUAUUGUGUUGUUUGUAUAUAUGUAUAUUAGAUAGACUCCCAGGAGGAGCAUUGUAUAUUGAUUUGGAGAGAUUCCGAAGUUUUGUGCAGGGUGCUGAUGAGUCGCUCGAUGUCUUCCUCCUUAUCCAGUUCGUAUAUAACCAACUCCAUUGGCACAGGAAUCUCCGGAGUAUCAACACCAGUUAUCGCAGUCGGCGCUCGAUGAAUCCUAUACCGCCCAUACUCUCCAUCUUCCCCAUUCAACAGUCCCUCCACACCUUCCUCUCCCCCAUCAACCUCCAUAGUAACAACCCAUUUCUUCCCUCCCUUCAAACCUUUCCCAUCACCAACAUUGACCGCAACAUAAUCCCUCCCCUCCAACACAACCAACUCCCA